AUGAACACAGCACUGUAUAGGAGCCAUAUGAUUUAUCAUCCGGACAUUAAGAACUAUACUGGUGAGAACGAGGAACUGCAGGGAAAUUUCCAGCGUUAUCUCUGGGCAUCCUGUUCAACGAGCGUUUCCAUAGUGAUAGUUAUUGCCGGUUAUCCAACAUUUAUUGAAUUCGACUAUCCUACAGUGGAGAACGUAACCGAUGGUUAUGGUGAUGAUGAGGCAUCUUCGUCUUCAAUUAGGUCAAUACCACCCAAAAAAUCGCUCAAUUGGUCUUGCAAUUUGUUCCCUGGGGACAGGAACGCUUGCACAUCAACCCUUACCGCCGACAAAUGCCAGAACAACACACAGUUUUCCGCUGGAUAUUGGCGAUCGGCAAGAUCCUGUGAGAAAGAUGGCCAGCUGAUUUCCUGCGUAAACGUAACAAUCACGAACGACACAUGUCAGGACGCCGUAUUUGAGGUUCAUAAUGCGUCCAUGGUUCAUCUUGUAUUAAAAGACCUAAAACUACCAUCUACUGUGAUUCAAACGUUUACUGAACAUCAUAACGACCGCAUUAAACCUAAGUGCUGUUACCCCGCACUUCCUGUAGUUGCAGAUAAACCGUUCUACUUUUUCAACUCAGGUGAAGACGGUGGCUGCGAAAAUAAACCGAAGUUGGUGAAAUUUGGUAUAAACACAACUGCAACGUGUUUGCUAAAGUGGUCAAUCUGGGGAAACGCAGACGGAUGCCCAUCUAUGGACCAAAUGAGAGCAUUCUUCAUUUCAAAUGUUUCACACAUAUGCAACUGUGACUUAUGCGAAGUACCUUUACUACAGCAACCACUACCUGCACUUCACCAAUACAAUUCCACGUCAUGUCUUAUCCCUCAUCAAGCUACCCUAACUUUUACACAUGCCAACGGAUUCAUUAAUAGUGCUUACUUAAGCUAUAACUAUCGAGUGAUCUCGAGCAAAGAGGAUUUGAUACUAAUCUCUGUUCGUACUCAAUUUCUCGAAUAUAGUGAACCUUGUCAGAAAUCCAGUUUUACUUUGAGUUUUUUUUUCACCAGUGCUGUUAUGGUCCGCGUGAAGCCACUGCCUGAACGCGCCUUAGUUGAGGGCCGGGUAACCAUGAGGGAAACGACGAGAGAAAUUAUUCAAGAAGUAUCUGUAGGUGAACAGUAUAGUCAUCAGCAACAUGGCUCGAAUUCGUACUAUGUGGAGCCAAACGAAUACAUGACCGAUGAACAGGGCUAUGCCAGACUACCAGGGAGCCGAAGCAAACAGUACGACCAUCGACAACAUAAAUCGAAUUCUUAUAACUAUGCGGGGCCAAACGAAUACAUGAUUGAUGAUGAACAGGACUCUGCUAGAUUGCUAGGGAACCGAAGAUUCAUAAUCUCCUGUAUUAUUGCUUUGAAGACCACGGGAUUCAACACGGCAAUCGUCCAGUCCCCUGCUGCGCACGAUUUCAAGGGAAGAUUUAAAAGUCGCAUCGAUCGUCGUAUCAGUGGUGAAGGCACUAGAACAGGAGGUUUAAUUGGUCAAAAUGGUGAUCCUAUUGGUCCAAAUCUAGGAAAUCGUAGUGUUUAUGAUGUUGACACACUACAGGGCAGCAGUUCUAUCCGUUCUGGAAAUAGGAAGCAGCGCUAUCGUCCAGGAGCCCGAGCACUACAGGAAAUACGGCGAUACCAAAAAACCACGAAGCUACUAAUUCCAAAGAGACCGUUUCAACGUGUUGUACAGGAAGUGGUGAGGGACCUUUAUCCUAAAGAAGAAUAUCGCUUUUCAGCAGAUGCUCUCGAAGCCUUGCAAGAGAUUAGCGAGGCGUUCAUAGUAGAGGUUUUUGACAACACUUGUACAUGUGCGGCACACGCGAACCGUGUUACUGUCAUGCCGAACGACCUCCAUCUACUUCGAAUAUUACAAAAAUGGUAG